AUGUCGGCAGAUGCUAGUACAAGUUCAAAUCCUACCCUAGACGAAAAAAACUUAAACAUCACUUUAGAUGCUGAAAUUAAAAACGAAGAUAUAACUGCAGAACCAGUUCUAAGUACAGUAAUAUCACCAAAUGGUAAAGUUGUCUACAUCAGUGACAAGGUUGAUGAGGCCAUGAAAUUGGCUGAGGAAGCCAAAGAAAUUGAAGUAACCCCAGAAGAGGAUAGAAAACUGCGUUGGAAGAUCGAUUAUUGCAUGUUCCCCCUAAUGUGUAUAUUAUAUGCUGUUCAGUUUAUGGACAAGAUUUCCACCAGUUCGGCUGCAGUUAUGGGGCUAAGAACUGAUUUGAAAAUGCACGGCGAUCAAUACUCAUGGGUCACUUCUGCCUUCUAUUUCGGUUAUUUAUUUAUGAAUCUAGGCCCGGUACAAUUCGUUUUCCAGAGAACAGAUCACAUGUCCAAAAUGCUUGCGGUUUUUAUUGUCAUAUGGGGACUGCUAUUAGCUUUACACGCAGCUCCAACAGUCACAUACCCUUCAUUUAUAGUUCUAAGAGUGCUUCUAGGUUGUGCCGAAAGUGUUGUCACGCCCUGCUUCACAAUUAUCACGGCUCAGUAUUGGAAAACAGAAGAACAAUUUACAAGAGUGUCAAUUUGGUUCGGUAUGAAUGGUCUUGGCUCCGUGCUAAUCAAUGCAAUCGCUUAUGGUGUAUACAUUCACCAAGACUCUUACGCUAUUGAAGGUUGGAAGACCUUAUUUGUCAUUACUGGUGUAAUAACAAUUUUCGUUGGUAUUUUGAUAUUCUUAUGGAUCCCGGAUGAUCCAUCAAGGGCAAGAUUCUUAUCUAAAAGAGAGAAAUUAAUGGUUGUUCAAAGAAUUAGAUCCAACCAACAAGGGUUCGGUAAUCACGAAAUUAAAAAGUAUCAAAUUAUAGAGGCUUUGAAAGACGUCAGAACGUGGUUGUACUUUCUCUUUACUGUCAGUUCUAAUAUUCCUAAUGGUGGUAUUUCUAGUUUCAUGAGUAUUCUGCUGAAGGACGAUUUUGGAUAUUCAACCAAGGAUACUUUCUUGAUGGGUCUACCUACUGGUGCUGUUGAACUGGUUGGUUGUCCACUAUUUGGUAUUCUGGCAGUUUACGCAGCUAAUAAGAAGAUACCAUUUUGGAAGUAUAAGUUGGGCUGGGCCAUUUUUGCAGCUGUAUUAGCAUUGAUUGCUAGUUGUAUGUUAGGAUUUGCAACUAACUCUAAAAAAGCAAGACUGGCGGGUGCCUAUCUAUGGUAUAUAUCUCCCGUUUCAUUUAUUUGUGUGCUUUCCAAUAUCAGUGCGAAUUCCUCGGGAUAUAGUAAAAAGUGGACAGUAUCUUCAAUAAAUCUAGCAGCAUAUGCAGCUGCUAACUUGGCAGGUCCACAAACUUUUAUUGCUAAACAGGCUCCUCAAUAUCAUGGUGCUAAGGUCGCCAUGGUCGUAUGUUAUGCUGUCAUGAUUGUACUUUUAUCUGCAUUACUUGUUAUUAAUUUAAGGGAAAAUAAGAGGCGUGAUAAGAUAGCUUCCGAGAGAGGCUUCCCUGAAGAAACAGAAAAUUUAGAAUUUUCUGAUUUAACGGAUUUUGAAAAUCCAAAUUUUAGAUAUACUCUGUGA